GCAUGGCGCUCCGCGGCUUCUGCAGCGCUGAUGGCUCCGACCCCUUCUGGGCGUGGGACGUCACGUGGAACACCAGCAACCCUGACUUCACCAAGUGCUUUCAGAACACGUUCCUCAUGUGGGUGCCUUGUUCUUACCUCUGGGUCUGCUUCCCCUUCUACUUCCUCUAUCUCUCACGCCAUGACCGGGGCUACAUUCAGAUGACCUAUCUCAACAAAACCAAAACUGCCUUGGGAUUUUUGCUGUGGAUCGUCUGCUGGGCAGACCUCUUCUACUCUUUCUGGGAAAGAAGUUGGGGCAAAUUCCUGGCCCCAGUGUUUCUGGUCAGCCCAACCCUCUUGGGCAUCACCAUGCUGCUUGCUACCUUUUUGAUUCAGCUCGAGAGAAGGAAGGGAGUCCAGUCCUCGGGGAUCAUGCUCACUUUCUGGCUUGUAGCCCUACUGUGUGCCCUUGCUAUCUUGAGAUCCAAAAUCAUGACUGCCUUAAAAGAGGAUGCUGAAAUCAACGUGUUUCGCGAUGUCACUUUCUACAUUUACUUUUCCCUCGUGCUGAUGCAGCUUGGGCUGUCCUGUUUCUCGGACCGACCGCCUCUGUUCUCUGAAACCAUCCACGACCCCAAUCCUUGCCCGGAAUCCAGCGCCUCCUUCCUUUCCAGAGUCACCUUCUGGUGGAUCACAGGGCUGAUGGUCCGGGGCUACCGCCAGCCGCUGGAGAGCACUGACCUCUGGUCCCUGAAUAAGGAGGACACAUCAGAACAAGUUGUGCCCGUUUUGGUAAAGAACUGGAAGAAGGAGUGUGCCAAAUCCAAAAGGCAGCAGGCAAAGAUGGCGUACUCCUCCAAGGACCCCGCCAAGCCGAAAGGGGGCUCGCAGGUGGAUGUGAAUGAGGAGGCUGAGGUUUUGAUUGUCAAGUCCCCCCAGAAGGAGCGGGAGCCGUCUCUGUUCAAGGUGUUAUACAAGACCUUUGGACCCUACUUCCUCAUGAGCUUCCUGUUCAAGGCCCUCCACGACCUGAUGAUGUUUGCAGGCCCAGAGAUCUUAAAAUUGCUGAUCAACUUCGUGAAUGAUCAGAAGGCCCCGGACUGGCAGGGCUACUUCUACACCGCGCUGCUCUUCGUCAGCGCCUGCCUCCAGACCCUCGUGCUGCACCAGUACUUCCACAUCUGCUUCGUCAGCGGCAUGAGGAUCAAGACGGCCGUCAUCGGCGCCGUCUACCGGAAGGCCUUGGUGAUCACCAACUCCGCCAGAAAGUCCUCCACCGUCGGGGAGAUUGUCAACCUCAUGUCUGUGGACGCCCAGAGGUUCAUGGACCUGGCCACGUACAUUAACAUGAUCUGGUCAGCUCCUCUGCAAGUCAUCCUUGCUCUCUACCUGCUGUGGCUGAACCUGGGUCCAUCCGUCCUGGCCGGGGUGGCUGUGAUGAUCCUCAUGGUUCCCCUCAAUGCCGUGAUGGCCAUGAAGACCAAGACCUACCAGGUGGCGCACAUGAAGAGCAAAGACAAUCGGAUUAAGCUGAUGAACGAGAUUCUCAAUGGGAUCAAAGUGCUCAAGCUUUAUGCCUGGGAACUGGCCUUCAAAGACAAGGUGCUGGCCAUCAGGCAGGAGGAGCUGAAGGUGCUCAAGAAAUCGGCCUACCUGGCAGCUGUGGGAACCUUCACCUGGGUCUGCACACCUUUCCUGGUGGCCCUGUCUACCUUUGCUGUCUACGUGACCAUCGACAAGAACAACAUCCUGGAUGCCCAGAAAGCUUUCGUGUCCUUGGCCUUGUUCAACAUCCUCCGAUUUCCCCUGAAUAUUCUCCCCAUGGUCAUCAGCAGCAUCGUGCAGGCGAGUGUCUCCCUCAAACGCCUCAGGAUCUUUUUGUCUCACGAGGAGCUGGAGCCUGACAGCAUCGAGCGAAGGCCCAUCAAAGACGGCGGGGGCGCAAACAGCAUCACUGUGAAGAACGCCACGUUCACGUGGGCCAGGAGCGACCCUCCGACGCUAAGUGGCAUCACGUUCUCCAUUCCGGAAGGUUCCUUGGUGGCCGUGGUGGGCCAGGUGGGCUGUGGAAAGUCGUCUCUGCUCUCAGCACUCCUGGCCGAGAUGGACAAGGUGGAGGGGCACGUGGCUAUCAAGGGCUCAGUGGCCUACGUUCCCCAGCAGGCCUGGAUUCAGAAUGAUUCCCUCCGAGAAAACAUCCUUUUCGGCCGCCAGCUACAGGAACGGUAUUAUAAGACCGUCAUCGAAGCCUGUGCCCUCCUCCCAGAUCUGGAAAUCCUGCCCAGCGGGGACCGGACAGAGAUUGGUGAGAAGGGCGUGAACCUGUCUGGGGGCCAGAAGCAGCGAGUGAGCCUGGCCCGGGCUGUGUACUGUGACUCCGACAUCUACCUCUUCGAUGACCCCCUGUCGGCGGUGGAUGCCCACGUGGGCAAACACAUAUUUGAAAACGUCAUUGGCCCCAAGGGGAUGCUGAGGAGCAAGACGCGGCUCCUGGUCACGCACAGCAUCAGCUACCUGCCCCAGGUGGAUGUCAUCAUCGUCAUGACCGGCGGCAAGAUCUCGGAGAUGGGCUCCUACCAGGAGCUGCUAGCCCGGGACGGCGCCUUCGCCGAGUUCCUGCGCACGUAUGCCAGCACCGAGCAGGAGCGGGCCGAGCCGGACGACGGGUUAACAAGUGUCAGCAGCCCAGGGAAGGAGGUGAAGCAGAUGGAGAAUGGCAUGCUGGUGACCGAUGUCGCGGGGAAGCAGCUGCAGAGACAGCUCAGCAACAACUCCUCCUACAGCGGGGACGUUAGCCGCCACCGCACCAGCACGGCCGAGCUGCAGAAAGCCGGGGCCGAGAACGAGGACGCGUGGAAGCUGGUGGAGGCGGACAAGGCGCAAACAGGGCAGGUCAAGCUGUCCGUGUACUGGGACUACAUGAAGGCGAUCGGACUUUUCAUCUCCUUUCUGAGCAUCUUCCUUUUCCUGUGUAACCACGUUGCUGCUCUGGCCUCUAACUACUGGCUCAGCCUCUGGACUGAUGACCCCAUCGUCAAUGGGACCCAGGAACACACUAAAGUCCGGCUGAGCGUCUAUGGAGCCCUGGGCAUUUCGCAAGGUAUCUCUGUGUUCGGCUACUCCAUGGUGGUGUCCAUCGGGGGGAUCUUGGCUUCCCGCCGCCUGCACCUGGACCUGCUACAGAACGUCCUCCGGUCACCCAUGAGCUUCUUCGAGCGGACCCCCAGCGGGAACCUGGUGAACCGCUUCUCUAAGGAGCUGGACACGGUGGACUCGAUGAUCCCGCAGGUCAUCAAGAUGUUCAUGGGCUCCCUGUUCAAUGUCAUGGGCGCCUGCAUCAUCAUCCUGCUGGCCACUCCCAUUGCUGCCAUCAUCAUCCCGCCGCUGGGCCUCAUCUACUUCUUCGUCCAGAGGUUCUACGUGGCCUCGUCCCGGCAGCUGAAGCGCCUCGAGUCGGUGAGCCGCUCCCCGGUCUACUCCCACUUCAGUGAGACCUUGCUGGGCGUCAGCGUCAUCCGCGCCUUCGAGGAGCAGGAACGCUUCAUCCACCAGAGUGACCUGAAGGUGGACGAGAACCAGAAGGCCUAUUACCCCAGCAUCGUGGCCAACAGGUGGCUGGCGGUGCGGCUGGAGUGUGUAGGCAACUGCAUCGUCCUGUUCGCCGCCCUGUUCGCCGUGAUUUCCAGACACAGUCUCAGCGCCGGCUUGGUGGGCCUGUCCGUGUCAUACUCGCUGCAGGUCACCACGUACUUGAACUGGCUGGUUCGCAUGUCGUCCGAGAUGGAGACCAACAUCGUGGCGGUGGAGAGGCUGAAGGAGUAUUCAGAAACGGAGAAGGAGGCUCCUUGGCAAGUCCAGGAAAUGACUCCGCCCAGCACCUGGCCUCAGGUAGGCCGAGUAGAAUUCCGUGACUACGGCCUGCGAUACCGAGAAAACCUGGACUUGGUUCUCAAGCACAUCAACGUCACCAUCGAUGGAGGGGAAAAGGUCGGCAUCGUGGGGCGGACAGGAGCUGGGAAGUCGUCCCUGACCCUGGGCUUGUUUCGGAUCAAUGAGUCUGCUGAGGGGGAGAUCGUUAUUGAUGACAUCAACAUUGCCAAGAUAGGCCUGCACGAUCUGCGCUUCAAGAUCACCAUCAUCCCGCAGGACCCUGUUUUGUUCUCGGGUUCCCUCCGCAUGAACCUGGACCCGUUCAGCCAGUACUCAGAUGAGGAAGUCUGGACGUCCCUGGAGCUGGCUCACCUGAAGGACUUCGUGUCCGCCCUUCCCGACAAGCUGAACCACGAGUGUGCGGAAGGCGGGGAGAACCUGAGCGUCGGGCAGCGCCAGCUUGUGUGCCUGGCCCGGGCUCUGCUGCGGAAGACCAAGAUCCUUGUGUUGGACGAGGCCACGGCGGCCGUGGACCUCGAAACGGACGACCUCAUCCAGUCGACCAUCCGGACGCAGUUUGAGGACUGCACCGUGCUCACCAUUGCACACCGGCUCAACACCAUCAUGGACUACACGAGGGUCAUCGUCCUGGACAAGGGAGAGAUCCGGGAGUGCGGCCAGCCCUCCGACCUCCUCCAGCAGAGAGGUCUUUUCUACAGCAUGGCCAAAGAUGCUGGCCUGGUGUGAGCCCCAGAGCUGGCGCAUCUGGUCAG